CGGUUUCGGAGCAGAGGAAGCCACUGGCAAUACGUUUCUAUCCACAAACGGUCGCCCGCGCAAUGACGACACCGGAGAAGACAGCGGAGCCAGAAGUAGCACCUUGAGCACCAUUAGCACCUUGGACGAGAAGCUUGAUGCGGCUUUGGGUGGCGGUAUUCUUCCAGGCUACCUCGUUGAGGUCACUGGUGAGAGUAAUCAAGAAACUAACAGCUACCAGUGGUGCCGGUAAAACACAGCUGCUUCUAACCCUCCUCCUGGCCUCACAAUUACCUCCACCAUAUGGACUAUCCAAAUCAGCAAUCUACAUCUCGACAGAAGCCGCACUCGCAACCAAUCGCCUCUCCCAACUUCUUUCCACCCAUCCGAAAUUGAAAUCCCUCCCAGCGCACGAGAAGCCCUCUCUGUCGCGCAUCCUGAGCAUCCAGACCCCGGACCUCGAGACGCAAGAGCACAUUCUGCGCUACCAGCUCCCCGUCGCCAUCAAGAAGCACCGCGUCGGCCUCGUCAUCUUCGACUCCGUCGCCGCCAACUACCGCGCCGAGUUCGAAAAGCAAGGCGCACGUGAUGGCGCAGCUUCGAUGGCGAAGCGGGGCACCCAGCUCGUCCGCCUCGGGGCCCUCUUUCGCGACCUCGCACGCACAGAGGGCGUCGCGGUAGUUGUCGCAAACCAGGUUGCAGAUCGCUUCUUCAAGGACUCCGGGUACACGUCCAACGCGGCGUCCCGCACGACUUCGACGAACAGCCAGGGCACGACUUCAGGCCGUGCGUCUCCUAUGCCAGGCCAUUUCGCCGCUUCCCAGACAGGAGGGGAUGUCACGCCCAUGGGCGCACAGGUGUUGUCGCUCGACCACCAGCAGCGCUGGACGACGGGCUGGGGAGAAGAUCGAUUCGCCUUGCCGCACACGCUGAAGACCCCGUCGUUGGGGCAUGUCUGGACGAACCAGAUUGCGUGCCGCAUCGCGCUGAUCAAGCAGCCCGUCAUGGCAACCCGACCUCCUGUGCUCAUGAUGGCCGAUGGCGAGGCUUACGACAAUGAAGAGGAGAACCACAUUGCGAAAUGGCGGCGUUGGUUUAAGGUCGUGUUCGCACCUUGGACACCGCCAACUGACGAGAAGGGGAUUGAGUAUGAGAUACUAACCAGCGGGUUACGACAUGUAUCUGAAGAAGACAGUUGAUUUUUUAGCCAUGCAUUCAUAGUAACACAGUACCCUAAGAAUUUGUAUAGAUGUAAAUCAAUUCAAACUUUGUUCCGCUCGUCUCUUGGGUAUUCAUAUGCACAGCGCCUAAGACACCAUUGUAGUAGCCCGACAAGCAAUAAAACACAAAACAUAACAGCAUUACGGCCUAUUGUAGCCAAC